GCGUGCCCCACCACCGCCCGGGCGGAACUCAAAUUCUUAAGCAUGGCCAAAAGUGCCUUUACCCUCUGUAGGGAGCACUAACCACUGAGCUUUUUCUCCGGCUCUAACAGUAUCGCUUGCUAAUCAGAACACAGUGCUCUGGUUAGGUGGUUGUGGUUUUGGUUUUGUCAAUGUGGCACAAACUAGGGUCGUCAGAGAAGAAGGAACCUCAGUUAAGAAAAUGCCACCAUCAGAUUGGCCCAUAGGCAAGCAUGUGGGCCAUUUUCUUGAUUGUUAUGGGGUAGGUGCUGUCCCUGUAUACUUUCAUGUCACGUGUGUUGUACUGUCCCUUCUCUCUUAAGGCCCCACCCCUUUCAGUGGCCCCUGUCUAGCUUCCUGACCUCCACAAACACCCCAGGCGAAGUGUACAGAUGUGAAAAUUCAAAGCUAGGAUAGUAAACUAGAGAGAACGUGUGGCAUUCAUCUUUCUGGACCUCAGUAUAAUUUGUCUCCAUUUCAUCUAUCUCCGUGCACAUUUCAUUUUUCUUUACAGCUGAAUAAAUACCACUGUGUAUAUGCAUCCCAUUUUCACUGUCCACUCUUGAGUUGAUGGACAUCUAGGCUGAUUGCAUUUUCUAGCCAUUAGGCUAGAGAGCCAUGGCCAUAGAUGAGCAAGCAUCUCCGUAGUAGAAUAUGGCGCCCUCUGGGUUUAUGCUGGGACAUGUGGUGGUCUAUUUGUGGCUGUUUGAGAAACCUCCACACUGACUUCCAUAGUGGCUGUACCGGUUGACACUCCCACCGACAGUGACUAGGUCCUUUCUCCACGUGCUCAUUAUCAUUUGUUUUCUUGAUGAUACCCAUUCUGUGGUGAGAUGGAGUCUCGAAGUAUUAAAUUUGCAUCUCCUUCAUGGCUAAGGAACAUUGAACCAUUUUAAAAGUAUUUAUUGGCCAUUUGGAGUUCUUUGGAGAACUCGGUUCAGUUCCUUAGCCCACCUUGCGAUGGGGUUGUUUGUCUUCGUUCAGUUCAGUCCUUUGUGCUAUCAACUUGUGUUUCAGGAGCGGUUGACAUUUGAGGAUGUGUCCAUUGAUUUCUCCCCAGAGAAGCGGGAAUGCCUAUACCCGCCCGCUCGCUGGAAUUUGUAUAGGGAUGUGAUGUUGGAGCAUUACAGGAACCUUGUCUCCCUGGGUCUUGCUGUGCGUAAACCUUACCUGAUCUCAUUGCUGGAGCAGAGAAAGGCGCCUUGGAAUGUGAAGAGACACGAGUCAGGAACCAUGUACCCAGAAAAUCUCUGUGACUGUAAUGACUCUGCAAAAGCCUUGGAUCAACACACAAAACUUACCACCCAUCAAUGUGUGCAUAGUGAAGAGAAGCCAUUCAAACAGGAAGAAUGUGACGAAGCGUUGAUUGAUGAUUCGGCUUCUGAUGGGCGUCACAGGGUGCAUAAAGGAGAUUUGCCCUACAAAUGUAAAGACUGCGGGAAAGCCUUUAAAUACCGCUCAAUCCUCUACCAACACCGCAUAAUCCAUACUGCUGCAAGACCCUAUAAAUGCCAAGAGUGUGGGAAAACCUUCAAGAGAGGUAGAAACCUCACGCAACACCAGAUGACUCAUAAGAGAGCGAAACCCUACAAAUGUAAAGAAUGUGGCAAAGCCUUUCCUACACAUGCUGUACUUACUCAACACCAAAUAGUUCACACUGGAGAGAAGCCCUACAAAUGUAAAGACUGUGGGAAAGCCUUUAAAUAUAAUUCAUCCCUGACUCAGCAUGAGGUCAUUCAUACCGAAGCAAAACCCUACACAUGUCAGGAAUGUGGCAAAGCCUUCAAGAGAAGUCACUCCCUGAAUCAGCAUCAGCUCAUUCAUAAAGGAGAGAAACCACACAAGUGUAAAGAGUGUGGCAAGGGCUUCAGUAAACAGUCGUCUCUUACUCAACACCAAGUAAUUCACACCGGAGAGAAACCCUAUAAAUGUAAAGAGUGUGGGAGAGCCUUCAGAUACCAGUCAACCCUGACGCGCCACCAAGUCGUUCACACCGGGGCAAAGCCCUACAAGUGUGAAGAGUGCGGCAAAGCCUUCAACAACAGCUCCACGCUUAGCCGGCACCAGAUCAUCCACACGGGAGAGAAGCCCUACAAGUGUCAGGAGUGCGGCAGAGCCUUUUACUGUUCCUCCUUCUUGAUCCAGCAUAUGAAAGUCCAUUUUGAAGAGCUGCCCUAUAGAUGCAAAGAGUGUGGCAAACCCUUCAGACUCUCCUCACAGCUGAUUCGACACCAGAGAAUCCAUACUGGAGAGGAGCCCUACCUAUGUAAGGACUGUGGCAGAACCUUCAAAUAUCACUCGAACCUGACUCGACACCAAAUACUUCACACUGGAGCAAAGCCUUACCAGUGUGAAGAGUGUGGCAAAGCCUUCAAUAAUAGCUCGACCCUUGCUCGACACCUGAUCAUCCACACGGGAGAGAGACCCUACACAUGUCAGGAGUGCGGCAGGGCCUUUUACUGUUCCUCGUAUUUGAUCCAGCAUAUGAAAGUCCAUUUUGAAGAGAUGCCCUAUAGAUGCAAAGAGUGUGGUAAACCCUUCAAGUGUUCUUCACAGCUGAUUCGACACCAGAGAAUCCAUAGCGGAGAGAAACCCUUCGUAUGUAAGGAAUGUGGCAAAGCCUUCAACUGUACCUCAUACCUUACUAAGCAUCAGAGAACCCAUUCCGGAGAGAAACCCUACGUAUGUAAAGAGUGUGGCAAAGCCUUUAAUUGCUCUUCCUAUCUUUCGAAACAUCAGAGAAUUCAUAUUGGAGAAAGACUCUAUAAAUGUAAAGAAUGCGGCAAAGCUUAUUACUUUUCUUCACAGCUUAACCGACAUCAGAGAAUCCAUACUGGAGAGAAACCCUACAUAUGUAAAGAGUGCGGCAAGGCCUUCAACUGUUCUUCAUAUCUUAACAAGCAUCUGAGAAUCCAUAUUGUAGAAAAACCCUACGUAUGCAAAGAGUGUGACAAAGCUUUUAGCUGUCCUUCAUACCUUAAAAAACACCAGAGAAUUCACUCUGGAGAGAAGUUUUACAAGUGCAAAGAGUGUGACAAAGCCUAUUACUUCUCCUCACAGCUUAACCAGCACCAGAGAAUUCACGCCAGAGAGAAACCCUAUCGGUGUAAAGAGUGCGGCAAAGCCUUCAUUUCUUCUUCCAGCCUGAAGCGGCACCAGGAAACCCAUACGCUGGUGAAACCCAGCAGUGUGUCGAGUUUGGCAAAGCCUCAAUAGUCACAUAUUUGUCACCAGGUAUUUCAUAAAGGGGGGAAACCCUAGACACGCAGUCCAAGACUUUAACAACUGCUGAAACUUUAGUUUUCACACCAAAAGGUGGUGUGCCAUGAGGGAGACUCGACAAGUGUGAGGAGGUGGGGAAACCUUUCACAGGCGUGCAGUGGUUAGUCCAUACUAAAAGGUCCGCGGUGGAGAACAGCUUACAGAUAUGCUAAUGUGGCCCGGCCCCUGACCACAGCGCUUCCAUAUUGGACAGUAACAAAUUCAUGUCGGAAAGAGCACUGUCCUAUGUGUAACCCUCAGAAGAGUCUGAUACUAUACCGUGAAUCCCCUCAUAAAAUAACAAAUUGAACAAAGCUUUCACUAAUACCUCAAAUCUUUUUUUUUUUAAGACAGCCCAUACCUCAAUAAAUCUUGAUGUACAUAAAGAAUUAGCACAGAACAGAAAUCUUAUGACUAUGUAGUUUGUGGCAAAAUUUUGAUCUUCUGCUUAUCAUUAAUGAAGUGGAAAGAGAUACAUCACGGGUGUCAGAGUUAUUUGAACUCAUCUCCGAAAACGUGGAAUUUGUUAUACAUUCAAAUAUACUAAAUAACUUCACUGUUAGAAACUACACAAGGCUCGGCCUUGUGACAUUUUCGCAGAAGAAUAAGGCUGCUUUCUGAGAAGUUUUGAACUGUUUUCUCCAGAGAGCAUAAAGUGGAUUUUGAAAAACUGUAUAUUCUGUAUAAACUUUAUUUUAGUACAUACAUGGAGUGGGUGGUUCUUCUUGUCUCUGAUAUGUAUUGCUUGACAUGUUAAUUUGUUACAGAGAGUAGGUCACCAUUUUGAUCUACUCUUAUGUACAGUAAGAUCCUGUUGAUCUUACUGUUAUGUACAUAACAGAUCUUAGUAAUAUUUCGUUGAGGAAUAGUGAAUGACUGCUAAUUCUUUUUUUAUUUUAUUAAAUUUUCUAUUCAUUUUACAUACCAACCACAGAUCCUCCUCUCCUCCCUCCUCCUGCCCCCGAUCCUUGUGCCCCAACCUACGUCUCCCACCUCCUUCAAGGCAAGGUCUCCCAUGGGGAGUCAGCAGAGCCUGGCACAUUCAGUUGAGGCAGGUCUAAGCCCCUCCUCCCUGCACCAGGGCUGGGAAAGGUGUAUGACUGCUAAUUCUUGUUCUCGGUGUCCUUAUCCUUCAAAUAGAUGUAUAGAUUUGAAGAUUUAUUUGUAUGUGAUAUUUUAAUCCAUCCUUUUUUCACUUACCCAGAAAUUAUGAGGGAUGUGAAAGUAUAAUAAAUUGUUCUAGCUUUCUGAAUAUUAAGUUUUUUAUAUUUUUUUUUGUCAUAUGGUUUUUAUCCACACAUCACCCCUUAGUUAUACAAAGAACACAGAAAUGUUGGUAUUCAUUUGUGUUGACUGCAACAUACAACUAAGGAGUUGUUAGGAGUAAGACUACAGAAAUACUGUAUGUUCAUGGAUAAUAAUUAAGAACAAAAGGAAAUUAUAGAAACCAAAAGUAUUUUUAAGGGAGUUGAUCAUUUAUGGCAAGGUAGAAACCUUGUGUUUUGGGGAGUGGGCGGGUGAGAAUAAAUUCCAUUUUAUCUAAAUGGAACUUAUUUAAACACUUCAUGGUUCUUUGUUUAGAAUCGUUACUUCCUGGUUCUACUUCUCUUAGUCAUAAAAGACAUAUGAAUUGAAGUUUA